CGAAAUCAUGGAAAACAAAUGUGGCCUAAGUGGUACUGUAGACCCUGUUACCCAUUGCCGUCGGAAACAAAACUGGAUCCGUCAAGAAGAAAAGGUGAAUCUGGCUUUGUGAAUUGAGCCAAGCCUUUUACACAAUAUAAAAUCUCAUUGAGAGAGGGAGACCGACUAUGUUAAAGUCGCACACACGAGCACUUACCGUCUCUCUUCGUCAUCAUCUCAUCACCAUCCUCAUCACCUUCCAUUGCCGGAUUUUCACUGGCAAUUACUCCGUUCCCGUCCACCACCGCUCAUCUCCAUCUUGUAUCUUGAAGAAGCCGAAUCCCAAUUUGGUUUAUUCUAUGAUCCUCUUGAGCCAGACAUGUUUAGGUGUGAUUGUUUGAGAAGCAAUUAUUGGAUCAAUUAUAGGAGUUCUUUGGGACAAACACUUGACAUGAUGUAGUACGUCCUUGAAUCUCCUGUCUAGGUGAAAGAAUCACUCUGAAACGCUAUUUUCUAGGAAGUUUUAUGUUUGAAAUACGAAGAUUGCACAUCCCUGUUGCUGUUUAGCGUUGAGCUGUUUCCACCCUGUCAACAUUCUGGAUAACUGUUUAAAGGACUUGUCUCUCUUCAGCAAAGCAUCUCUGGAAGCUUGUAAUUAAGCAAACAAGAGCAGGAGAUUCUGAUGGAGGGCUUGAUAAGCACUAGGAUCGUAUUGAAACCAGUGAACUCUUUUGGUGGAAGGGAACAAAACUUGGUAAUUCUUCCUUCGUUGGCCCCACGAGUUACAGGGAGAGUUCUAAUUAGUCAAAUUGAGGUCUUCAGAAGUUCCAAGUCAUUUAGUCCAGUCACUUCUUUUGUUCAACCAUUGGGGGCCACUGCUAUGGGCUUUUUUGAUAACACAAUACCUUCCAAAGAGGUUCUUGAUGUCUGGAGAAAUGCCGAUGCUGUAUGCUUCGAUGUGGAUAGCACAGUGUGCUUGGACGAAGGGAUAGACGAACUGGCAGAAUUUUGUGGAGCUGGAGAGGCUGUUGCAAAAUGGACUGCCAGGGCGAUGAGUGGUUCUGUUCCUUUUGAGAAAGCAUUGGAUGCCAGACUAUCUCUUUUUAACCCAUCGUUGUCCCAAGUGAUGCAGUUUCUUGAAAAGCGACCCCCAAGACUUUCUCCUGGAAUCGAUGCAUUGGUGAAGAAGCUGAAGGAGAAUAACAAAACUGUUUUUUUGGUAUCUGGAGGUUUUCGUCAGAUGAUAAAUCCCGUUGCAUCAAUCCUGGGGAUACCUUUGGAUAACAUAUAUGCCAAUCAACUGCUGUUUGCAAGCUCUGGGGACUACUUGGGAUUCGACCCCAAUGAACAUACUUCAAGGAGUGGAGGGAAAGCUACUGCUGUUCAACAGAUUAGGAAGACCAAAGGUUACAAGUUUCUAGUUAUGAUUGGAGAUGGUGCAACUGAUCACGAGGCUUGUCAACCAGGUGGCGCUGACUUGUUUAUAUGCUAUGGGGGAGUUCAGCUUCGUGAGCAAGUUGCAGCAAAAGCUGAUUGGCUUGUGUACAAUUUCAAAGACUUGAUCAACACAUUGGAAUAGGUUCACCCAUUUUUCCAGUACACUUGUUAUUCAUUUUCUCUAUUGUUGUUACAACUACUUUGGCCCUUUUAGUUCAAUACCAUAUUGGUGGAUAUGGUGGAGUCUUCUCAAUAAUGCUUCCAUUGGCAACACAUUUCUUUUGUUAUCGAGAGGAUAAGCCAUGGUGUUGCAAAUGGAACAAACGUUUUUUUUGCCCGUGAUGUCCCUUAUCUUUCUUGAAUGAAAUAGCAGUACAAUUUAAGAGAGAAAUUACAGAAUGUAUAUUGGGGAACAAUAGUACAGCCAAAUCGUCUGUUUACUCCGUUUUCUUACGAAAAUAACAUUUUUUUUUGUCUUUUAUGGUUUAUUUUUUGACUAUGUGAUAACUUGAGGAUUGAGGCUUUUUACAUAUUUUUAUUAGUUGGGUGUACAUAUAUAUAUGCG